AUGCCGCUCAUGUGCCACUGGUGGUGGGCCGGGACAGUCGCCCUCAUCUGCUUGACUCUCAGCAUCAUCAUGGCUGGCUGUGAGGCUGUAAGGGCGCCACCAUUUUUGACAUUUGCCCUUUGUGGCAUGUGUGCUUCAGACAUGAUGUGGCUUGGAACCAACGCCUGCUUCGAAGCAUUGAGAACAGAGAUUGAACGCUGGAGUAUUGUGCCUGAUCCACAGCGGCAGCAUGCCUCCACACACCAAGCUGCCGUACAGCAGAUAAGAGCAAAACUCACAGGCUCUUUUUUGGACUUGUGCAUCUUCACGAGUGUUUGGUUUGUCAGCAAUCUGUCCUUCGACUGCGAGGUUGGCGUCUUGUGGUCCGUGGUCGGAUUUCUGCUCAUGCUUUGUUUGCUGGAUUUCGGUCUAUGGUCAUGGCACAGCCUUUUGCAUCUGCCAUCCAUGUACACAUAUCACAAGCUUCACCACUCUGUACGCAUCACGCAACCAUGGACCAACGAGGUGGAGCAUCCGGUCGAGGCGCUAGGGAACGCUGCGGCGAAGUAUGGCAGCGUUGUGCUGGUGUCCAAUUGCUUUCAGCUGAACCCCAUGGUUGUCCUCGCAUACUUCAUGUUCUCGACUUGGUAUGGGGUCAUGGUUCAUUCCGGCUACAAUUUGCCACCAUUUGAUUGGAUUGCAGGGACGCCAGCAUUGCGGUUCAUCACAACUCCCAAGCAUCACCAAGACCACCACUUGAAUGGUGCGAAGAACCUGGGGGCUAUCACUUCUAUUUGGGACACGCUCUUCCAGAAAGCCAUGUCCACCAAAACGGCCUCUCCCAACAACUGCAAGGGCAGAUCCAGCCGAAUGGGCAAAAUGUGGAAAAAGGCGAGUCUCCGCAACAUCAGUGACGACCAGCUGAAAGACUUGGUUAAGGCGGUCCGUGCUCAUGGGAUGAUCGUGAUACCAAAUCAAUCCUGGAAUCUCGACGAACAGGAGGCCUUCGCUUGGCGAUUGGGGAAGCUCACUGCGACAGUUGUGGGCCAGGCCCCAGAUUACUUCGAGGUCCAUCCCAGGAUUGUUCGGCUCUCGAAUUUCCGUGCUGAUGGCACCUGGAAGGGUCCCAACUAUCAGGCAGCAGAAGUGUGGCACCAAGAUGGAGAUUACAUGCGGAUGUCCCAGCGCCACAUUCUGACAGUGCUAUCCGCGGACAAGAUCCCCAAAAGCGGAGGCGGCACAGGCUUUGUGGAUCUUGUUGCGGCUGCUGCGGCUCUUCCAUCCUCACUUCGUGCUAAGGCCAAGAGCCUGAGCUGCUUUUCUUCGGCACGACGAAAUGCAGAGUAUAUGAAGAGAGACUUUACCGCAGAAGAUGCAGAGAGAUUCCCUGACCAGCGCACGCCCGUGCUUCAUCGACACCCUCGUGAUGGCCGGGAACUGCUCCUAAUGGGAUCGGAGCUGUCGGUCUUCGAGGACCUGGAGGAACAGCCAGAUCCGGAGACAACCCAGUCCCUCUUCCAACAUGUGCUGUCCCCUGAGUGGAUGUAUUUCCAUCAAUACAUGCCAGGCGAUGUUAUCAUCUGGGACAAUUUGCAAACGCUGCACAAAGCCAUGCCCUUCGUCAAUGAUGGGUGUGACGUUCGUCUUCUUUGGCGCGCACAAGCACAGGUGACAGAAGCUUUCCAAUGGUAA